AUGCGCCCAGUGGGUGUCCACGGAGGUGCUGAUGAUCACUGCGGUCCCGUAUACGACGGGACAAAGCGACAGGCUCGGGAGAGAGCGGCAUACACGGGCCCGGCUAUGCUGCAUGAUAAUCGUCUGGGAAAAAGCAACGAGGGCGUCAUUAUCUGCCCAUUAUUGUCUCUCCUCAAGGUCGGCGGCAAACUGCAGCUCCUCUUCUGUGUCUCUGAGGCACCAGCCCGACCGGAUCGAGGUCAACACCCGCAGCCAGCCGAGCGUCGAGACCCUAUGUACAUGGAGGAUUUCUCUAGUGACGGGUAG